CGCUGAUUGAUUGUCAAAAGUACUAAAAAUGUCAGUAGCUUCGUUUCCCAUGGUCGUAGAUUUUUUAUUGAUUCAGAGUGAAAACAUGUAAUUAUUAACUGUUGUUUGUGUUGUUUGCAUUUACUGUCAUUGAUAUGUUUUGUACUUAACCAAACUUGUAGGUGUUUUGUCUUUUUUACCUAGUAUACGACAAAUAAAAUAAUGGAAUACAAACCGUAUUUCUUUGCGAGGCAUUCCGCCUUCAGCCCUUAUAGGAUGAUGAGGAAGGAAAUGGGGUUCACAACACCCGUUGGCAGUGGGGAUGCAUACGCUCGCAGUCUGUAUUGUGGGAUGAAGCCUAUAGCUUCGUGGGACUGUGAACAGAUCAGUCAUGGUUUGCCCACUGGAGGCGUUUACAACCUUGAGUUCUCCCCGGAAGGGUCACUGCUUGUUGCUGCUUGUGAGAAAAAGUGUAUACAGAUAUUUGAUCCGCUCAAUCAUAAGAGGAUUCACUCGGUCCAUGGAGCUCACUCAGACUGUGUAAACUGUGUCAAAUUUUUAGAUGGACGAAUGUUUGCUACCUGCUCUGACGACACAACAAUCGCUCUAUGGGAUGUAAGAAACCUGAAGAAGAAGAUACGCUCACUGUUUGGGCACUCGAAUUGGGUCAAAAAUAUUGAAUUCUCGUUUAAAGACAAGCUUUUAGUCACAUCUGGUUUGGAUGGCAGUAUUUAUACAUGGGACAUCAAUUCCUACACAGAGUACAACUUAGUAUACCAGCGAGUGUUCCACGCGUCUGGCCUGAUGCGGUGCCGGCUGUCGCCCGAUGCGCGCCAGAUGGUGAUGUGCACCACCGGCGGCCUGCUCGUCAUCAUCCACGACCUCAACCUGUCCACCCUGGCGCAGCACCUGCACGGGUUCAAGCCAAACCUGUACCGGCUGAUGCAGAUGAGCCAACAGCUGAUUCCUAUCGCCGCCAUGUACGACCACCUGUUCGACAGCAGCCGCAAGGAGAACCGCAUCGAGUUCGUGUCGGACUUCCCCGACGGGAACGAUGCUAAGGUCGUCAGCUCGCUGCAGAUACAUCCGCAGGGGUGGAGCGCGCUGAGCAGGAAUAUCAGCCAUGAUGACAGAUCAGAGUGGUCAUGCAUCCACGACAUCCAGCCGUACCCCGAAACGAGCGACAAGUCGACGCGCGACACGAGCGCGUGGGAGGCGCGCUCGUCGCCGCGCCGCGUGCCCGCGCGCCGCGUCGUGCGCCGCCUGCGCCCGCGCCCGCGCGCGCCCCGCCCGCAGGCCUCCGUCACGCCCGCCACGCCCACGAGGGUCCCACCCACUCGAAGUCUAUUCACUCACUCUCGCGCGCCGCAUCGUGCGCCGCCUGCGCCCGCGCCCGCGCGCGCCCCGCCCACAGGCCUCCGUCACGCCCGCCACGCCCACGAGGGUACCAUCCACCCGCAGGUUAGUGACCACACUAACACAUCACGCUCGCUGCCCGCGCGCCGCGUCGUGCGCCGCCUGCGCCCGCGCCCGCGCGCGCCCCGCCCGCAGGCCUCCGUCACGCCCGCCACGCCCACGAGGGUACCACCCACGCGCAGGCGACCCGCCGAACCCCAAAACGAGAGAGAAAGAGACGAAGACAGAGACGAAUCGGAACCAGAGCCCGGUCCGAGUGCCGCCCGGCCCGAGGAAGGAGACGCCCCAGGAACGCCCCGGCUGGCCGUACCAGGAUUGUCCAGUAUACAGAAUGACGUGUGGGAAGCGUCGAUUACCAUCAAGCAACACAGGACGCUGCAAGAAAUGUACAGCAGGGGCCAGGUGGGGCGCAACUUCAACAUGCAGCGCAUCAUGGGCAUCAACACCGGCAUCGCGCCGCCCACCGCGCUGCUGCACGUGCCCCGCCCGCCCGACCACGCCCGCCCAGAGCCCGCGCCCACGCCGCCCCGACGCGGGGACAGCACAUCACCAUCCACAUCUGGCCAGACGCCUAGCAGAGAGCGGCGGGAGAGGGAGAGGGAGCGACAGAGAGAGCAGGACAGCGCGUUCGACGACGACCGGCCCGAGACGCGACACUACAUCCGCCAGAAUCGGGACCGGCUGCUGUAUUAUAUUGAAGAGACUAAUGAAGGCAAAGGCUUUAUCAAAGAGCUGUGCUACUCAAAAGACGGGCGCGUCGUCUGCUCGCCAUUCGGGCGCGGUAUGCGCCUAUUAGCGCUAGACGACUCAUGCAGCGAACUUAGCUCGUUAGCCUGGAGCGAGGGCCGAGGAGGCGCGCGGCCCAUGCGAGAAGCGGGCCAAGUCCUAGGGCUCCACCAGGACCUAGUCGUCAGCUCCAAGUUCAACCCUCGUCACCACAUGCUCGUCACCGGCUGCCUCGAAGGCCGCAUCGUCUGGUACGAGCCGCACAGCGGCGAGUCCAUGUAUUAGUUACUUAAUAAACAUCUCGUGUUUAUGUCCUGUAGUUUUUGUGACGAGUAGCGCGGUAGCUGUAGAUAUUGCUCUUGGAUUUCACCACUUUAGCGAUUGACUUUUUACUUCAGUUGUAUGGAUUUAACGAUAAACAAGACACCACCAAAGUUCGAACACAAUGUCAUAUCACGUAUCGUUGCGUUUGUCUCUGACGUGCGACACUGUUUUUCUUACAAAUAAAAGAAAUAGCACAUGGAUUCACAGACACUGAUCUCAAACAUAGCAAAAAAUAAGACAAUAUUAUUGUUUGUCUGACAUUUAAGUUUAUACAUAUUUUUUUAACUGAUGAUAAAAAAAUAGGUCUUAAUUUAACGGAAUCGAAAUCAUAGACUUUUACUGAAUAUUGUACUUAGUAGUUUUUACAACAUAACCUUUUGCAAUCAAAAGAAAUGUUUUUGUAGUUGAUUAUACCGUCUACAUCUCUAACCAAAGGGUUUAUAAUUAAUCAAUGAAAGCUAUAACUUGGAAAUAUGUAUAAUUUAUUUAACAAAUUCAUCUACAGUUCACACUUACUCAAUAUACAUGAUCUCUUUGCAAUGAACACUAGCACAAUAUUAGUAGAGUAGGCUCACUUUCAUGAAAAAGUUCAAAGACUGGAGU